AUGGGUCUCCCAACAUCCUCCACCACCUCCACCACCACCACCUCGCAAUACGACGACCCCCUAUCAACCCUCCUCCUCCCCCCACCCAACGAAACUCCCUCGGAAAGAAGCACCCGCCUGGAAGCAGAGGCUGCUGCGCGGAGAGUGAGUGAGAUGAUUGAUGAGGAGUUGAAGGUUGAGAGAAUGGAGAGGAGACGGAGGGAGAGGGGGGUUGUGAGGGUGCUUUUGUUGGGGCAGAGUGAGAGUGGCAAAUCGACGACGUUGAAAAACUUUCGAAUGAAAUACGCACGCGCAGACUGGGACGCCGAGCGCGCGUCGUGGCGCGCUGUGAUCCAGCUCAACGUGAUCCGCUCGAUCAUUACGAUUGUGGAGGCGCUGCAAGCUGAGAUGGACGGGGAGCCCGAGGGCGAGGGCGAUCUGCAGCACCCUGUCAGUCCUGGGGGGAGUAGCAGUGCAGGUGGAGGGGGAGAGGCAAGUGGGAGUGGAGUGGUGGGAGGAGGCACGGGGAGGGAAGGGAGUAAACAGUUGUCGACGCUGUUGACGGGUAAACACCAGGUGCUGAAGAUGCGGCUUGGGCCGUUACGCCGUGUGGAGACGGAUCUGAAGAGGCGGCUUGGCGCGGGGUCGGAUGAGGAUAUGGGCUUGCCCUUGUCAUCGCCAGCGCCUGCUGCUGCUGCUGCGACGGGUGAUAGCGCAGCGACGAAUGUGCUGGGCGGAGCGAGUCUCGGCCCGUUAAGUCUCGAAACGGAACCGCAGGGUCUGGCGCGGCCGCUCGGUGCUGCGUCAGCGCAACGCGAGUUUGGAGUGACGCGGUUGCAGGAGGCGUUGCAGCGCGGGCAGCGCCUGGUGAGGAAAGGAUCGGCGCAGAGUGUGAGGAGGCAGGCGAGGGUGGGGAGUGGGCGUGCGACGCCCGUUGGUGAGGAUGGGGAGGGGGAAGGAGAGAUGGUGGAUGAUGCGACGGAGAUUCUGGCGAGUUGUCUGGAGGAUAUGAAGGCGCUGUGGACGGACGAUGUGGUACGUGCCGUCCUCAAAAAGCGGAGGAUACGGAUCGAAGAUACAGCUGGCUUUUUCCUGGACGACCUGGACCGCAUCGCCCAGCGCGAUUACUCGCCGUCAGACGAUGACGUCGUCCGCGCCCGACUCCGCACGCUCGAUGUGCAAGAGUACCGCAUCAGACUGGACGACGGCCCGACUAGCAUCUUUGCGGGAGGUAUCGGCGGCGACGCAGGCAAAGAGUGGAUCUUGUACGACGUAGGCGGCUCGCGGACUGUGCGACAUGCGUGGUUGCCGUACUUUGAUAAUGUCCAAGCUAUCAUAUUCCUGGCGCCCGUAUCAUGCUUCGACGAGCGUCUGACCGAAGACGCACGCGUCAACCGCCUCGAAGACUCCUUCCUCCUCUGGCGCACCGUCUGCUCCUCCAAGCUCCUCGCCAGCACGACCAUGAUCCUCUUCCUGAACAAAUGCGAUCUCCUCAAGAGGAAGCUGAAAGCGGGUGUGCAGGUGCGCAAGUAUCUGCCUAGUUAUGGUGAACGUGCGAAUGAUGUGAAUACUGUUGUGAAAUAUUUGAGAGAAAAGUUUAAAGAGCAGUUGAAGGAACACUCGCCGACACAGCGCGCGAGCUACUUUUACGCUACCUCCGUCGUCGACACAAAAGCUACAGCGACGACUAUAAAAGCUGUCAAAGACAGUAUAUUGAGGGACUACCUCAAAAACGCCGAUUUCUUGUCGUGA